CUUCUUUUUUUCCUUUCUUUUAGAUUUGCUCGGAUCAAUUUUAGCCAGCUAUCCUUGUGGUCUGGGGACACUCUAUUUUAAAGUUAAUUCAAAUUUGCAUUUUUCGAAUAAAAUAUUAAACUCCUUUUCAUGUAGGAAGCAGUCGGUCAUUAUAUAAAGCUAGCAAAAGAGAGAGAGAGUUGAGUGGUGUGGACGGUGGAGGCAGCGGGAGGGCUAUAGUGAAAUGGUGGAUAGUGUUAGUAGAGUAGCAGACCAGAGAAGCCUCAUAUCAUAAGCUUAUGUUUUAAAUCUCUGUUUCUGCACACAUUUUCUCUUACUUUUUUUCAAACUUUCCCUCCACAAAAGGAAAUGGGAACUAGUUCAGUUUCCAAGUUCUUAACCCUCUUCUUGAUGGUCUUGAUUGUUGGUUCUAAGCUGAUCCAUUGCACUGUGACCUAUGAUAAGAAGGCUAUUAUCAUCGAUGGACAUAGGAGAAUCCUUAUCUCUGGCUCCAUUCACUAUCCAAGAAGCACCCCAGAUAUGUGGGAAGAUCUUGUACGGAAGGCAAAACAUGGAGGCUUGGAUGUUAUCGACACUUAUGUUUUUUGGAAUGUUCAUGAGCCUUCUCCUGGCAAUUAUAAUUUUGAAGGUAGAUUUGAUCUGGUACGGUUCAUUAAGACAGUGCAGAAAGAGGGGCUAUAUGUUCAUCUCCGCAUUGGACCUUAUGUCUGUGCAGAAUGGAAUUUUGGGGGAUUUCCUGUUUGGUUGAAGUAUGUUCCUGGUAUCAGCUUCAGAACAGACAAUGGGCCUUUCAAGGCUGCAAUGCAAGGAUUCACCCAGAAGAUUGUGCAGAUGAUGAAAGAUGAAAGGCUAUUUCAAUCACAAGGAGGCCCUAUCAUCUUCUCUCAAAUUGAGAAUGAGUAUGGACCAGAGAGCAGGGCUUUUGGGGCUGCUGGUCAUUCAUACAUUAAUUGGGCUGCACAAAUGGCUGUUGGAUUGAAUACUGGAGUUCCUUGGGUAAUGUGCAAGGAAGAUGAUGCCCCAGACCCGGUGAUAAAUACAUGCAAUGGUUUUUACUGUGAUGCUUUUUCUCCCAACAAACCUUACAAGCCAACGAUGUGGACUGAGGCUUGGAGUGGCUGGUUCACAGAGUUUGGCGGCGCAUUUCACCACAGACCAGUUCAAGAUUUGGCAUUUGCAGUUGCUCGAUUCAUUCAAAAGGGUGGCUCAUUUGUUAACUACUACAUGUACCAUGGAGGAACAAAUUUUGGACGCUCUGCUGGAGGUCCAUUCAUUACAACUAGUUAUGACUAUGAUGCACCAAUAGAUGAAUAUGGUUUGAUCAGGGAACCUAAAUAUGGUCAUCUAAAAGAGCUUCACAGAGCUAUUAAGCUAUGCGAGCAUGAAUUAGUCUCUUCAGAUCCCACAAUUACUUUGUUAGGAACCUAUCAGCAGGCUCAUGUAUUCUCUUCAGGGAAGAGGAGCUGUGCAGCUUUUCUUGCCAACUAUCACACAAAGUCUGCUGCUAGAGUGAUGUUCAAUAACAUGCAUUAUGUUUUGCCUCCUUGGUCCAUUAGCAUCCUUCCUGAUUGCAGGAAUGUUGUGUUUAACACUGCCAAGGUUGGAGUUCAAACUUCACAUGUCCAAAUGCUGCCAACUGGUUCUCGUUUUUUUUCUUGGGAGACUUAUGACGAAGAUAUUUCUUCACUAGGGGCUAGUUCAAGGAUGACAGCUCUUGGAUUCAUGGAGCAGAUAAACGUCACUAGAGACACCACUGACUAUCUGUGGUACAUCACAAGUGUCAAUAUCAAUCCAUCAGAAUCAUUUCUUCAAGGUGGACAAUGGCCUACUCUAACUGUGGAGUCAGCAGGGCAUGCUCUUCAUGUCUUCAUCAAUGGGCAGUUUUCAGGAUCAGCGUUUGGGACCAGAGAGAACAGGGAAUUCACCUAUACAGGACCAGUCAAUCUACGUGCUGGAGCAAAUAGAAUUGCACUACUCAGCAUAGCUGUUGGAUUACCUAAUGUCGGGGUACAUUAUGAGACAUGGAAAACAGGAAUACUUGGUCCAGUUAUGCUGCGUGGCCUUAACCAGGGAAAUAAAGACUUGACAUGGCAGCAAUGGUCUUACCAGGUUGGUCUAAAAGGAGAGGCAAUGCAUAUAGUCUCUCCAAACGGAGCCUCAUCUGUUGAUUGGAUACAGGGGUCUCUAGCUACCAGGCAGCAACCUCUGAAGUGGUACAAGGCUUAUUUUGAUGCCCCCGGAGGAAAUGAGCCAUUGGCUUUGGACAUGCGCAGCAUGGGAAAGGGUCAGGUGUGGAUAAAUGGGCAGAGCAUAGGAAGAUAUUGGUUAUCUUAUGCAAAGGGUGACUGCAGUAGUUGUAGUUACUCUGGAACGUUCAGGCCUCCAAAGUGCCAACUAGGAUGUGGCCGACCAACUCAGCGAUGGUAUCAUGUUCCAAGGUCCUGGUUAAAGCCAAAGCAAAAUUUAUUGGUAAUAUUUGAAGAACUUGGAGGUGAUGCAUCAAAGAUAUCCCUUGUUAAGAGAUCAACGACAAGUGUUUGUGCUGAUGCAUUCGAGCACCACCCAGCAAUUGAGAAUUACAAUAACGAGAGCAAUGGUGAAUCAGAAAGAAAUCUUCACCAAGCCAAGGUUCACCUCCAGUGUGCACCAGGGCAGUCUAUAUCAGCUAUAAAAUUUGCAAGUUUUGGCACUCCUACUGGAACCUGUGGAAGUUUUCAGGAGGGAGCUUGCCAUUCACCAAACUCACAUUCGGUUGUAGAGAAGAAAUGCAUAGGAAGGGAGAGUUGUAUGGUCACCAUAUCCAACAGUAACUUCGGUGCUGACCCAUGUCCAAGUAAGUUGAAGAAAUUAUCAGUUGAAGCAGUUUGUUCAACAGUGAGUGACACUACUCAACCCAAUACAAGGAGGUAACAACUCAAGCAAAUUUUCAGAUCUAAUUAUAAUUAUUUGCUCACGCUGGCAAGCUAUGAAGGAAGAACAAUAAGGUAUUGAGCCAGAGAUCCUAAUGUCAGCUGUCAUCUCUACAUAUUCUACAACGUAUGCGUAGUUAUGUAUUGCAAUUUACAAUGCGUAGUUGUGUGGAGUUGAUAUUCCCAUUAGCUUUCGGAUGGACAAUGUGCUUGUGCAUAGCACAAAUGUUGGCCUGGCAUAUGCCCUAAAUUCCCAUGCCCAUGGCCCCUUUAUCCAGAGAUGGGCUUCGAAAAUAAUUUUUGCACAGCGAAGUAUAAAUGAUUAUUAUUUGAUAGAAUGGGAAAGAAUUGUUGAGGUGAAGAAUAUCGGUGAGUAUGGGCACUAUAAUGUCUGAUUCUUAUGUAAGAACACGGAUUAUAAAUUCGAAGUCUACAAUUUAUCUAAUUGCUCUUGUUUGCACC